ACAGCAAGUAAGAAAUGGAGAGACAAAACCUGGAAGAAGGACUGCAGGCAACUUUGCUUGAAUCAAAGCCACAUGGCACCGGAAUUGAUUUUAGCAACACGCGGUUGGCGCCCCCGCCACGCAGCUGUUCAUCCGUGACGGCAGUGCUUGUGUUUAGCACCUUGGUGGCUGUUUGUAUCUUCUUCUGCUAUGGAUUUGCUCUGGGUUACUCAUCACCUGCUGAGCCUGGCAUCAUGGAAGACCUGGGCCUGACAGUUGCAGCUUAUUCAGUUUUUGGCUCAAUAAUGACUGUUGGAGGAAUGAUUGGUGCCAUAUUAAGUGGCAGGAUAGCUGAUAUACUUGGCAGGAGAGUUGCCAUGUUGUUGUCUGAUAUAUUAUGUACCUGUGGUUGGUUUGCUAUCGCUUUCGGGAAGGAUGUUCUGUGGCUGGAUUUGGGAAGACUUUCUAUAGGGUUUGGAAUUGGACUUAUUUCUUAUGUGGUACCUGUAUAUAUUGCAGAAAUAACAACUAAAGAUCUCCGGGGAAUAUUUACUUCAUUCAGUCAUUUGAUGAGGACAUGCGGCUUUUCACUCGUAUACUUAGUUGGAAAUUACAUUUCUUGGCGCACAUUGGCUCUAGUUGGUGUUAUUCCAUGUCUGUUGCAAAUUGUAACUUUAUUUUUCAUUCCUGAGUCUCCCAGAUGGCUGGUUAAAGUUGGAAGAGAAAAGGAGUUUGAAACGGUUCUGCAGCGCUUCAGGGGAGAAAUUUCUGAUAUUUCUCAAGAAGCAGCUGAUAUUAGAGAUAAUUUGGAAAACUUUCACCAGGGCUCGGGAACUAGAUUUUUGGAGCUGUUCCAGAGGAGAUACGCAAAUUCACUCAUUAUUGGAGUUGGCCUUAUGUUCCUGCAACAACUAGCAGGAGUUAGUGGCAUGACAUAUUAUGCUGCUAGUAUAUUCGAAAAAGCCGGUAUUUCCACUAGCCUUGGAAGUACAGUAGUAGCUAUCACAGUGAUUCCAGCAUCGGCUGUUGGAGCUCUAUUAAUGGAUAAAGCAGGAAGAAGACCACUCCUCCUGUUUUCAGUUGCUGGAUUGUGCAUCUGUUUCUUCGUUAUGGGAUUGGCAUUCUGUUUCCAGGAAAUUCCCCACAUGGAGGAGCUCACUCCUAUUUUGGUGCUUAUAAGCUUAGUGGGUGUUGUUGUAGCUGACGCUGUGGGCAUGGCAGGAAUACCCUGGGUUGUAAUGUCUGAGAUAUUUCCUAUGAAUGUGAAAGCCGCAGCUGGAAGCCUAGUGACCUUAGUCUACUGGUCAUGCUCUUGGGUUAUGACUUACACUUUCAACUUCAUGAUGGAAUGGAGCUCUGCAGGAACAUUUUUCAUUUUCUCAGGAGUCAACUUGACAACUGUUAUAUUCAUAGCAAAGAUGGUUCCGGAGACUAAAGGACGGACGCUAGAAGAAAUACAGUCAACAAUUAUAUUCAGUUUUUGGUUCAAUAAUGACUGUUGGAGGAAUGCUUGGUGCCAUAUUAAGUGGCAGGAUAGCUGAUAUAUUAGGCAGGAAACUUGCUAUGCUGUUCUCUGAAAUAUUUUGUACCCUUGGCUGGUUAGCUAUAGUGUUCGCCAAGGAUGUUCUGUGGCUGGAUUUGGGAAGACUUUCUAUAGGUUUUGGCGUUGGACUUAUUUC